AUGGCCUUGACUGAACCAGGUACCCCCCCGCAACAGCGACAGCAGCAGCAGCAACCGCACCGCAACGGAGGUGCGAAGACGAGAGUCGGGAGGCCGGCGACGACGUUGGUACGCGGGAAAAAAAGCGGCGCAACCAAGAAAGUCAAAGUCAAGGGAGGCGCGCGGCAGCAACAGCCGGAGGGGCGGGGCGAUGUCACGCCGGCGGCGGCGGUGGCAGGGGAUGGCGAUGAGGAGUGCAAUGAGGGGCCUCGUACUGCCCUGGAGGUGGCCGUGAAGAUGCACAGGGGGGCCCUCCCAGAAAUGCUUCGCCUCAAGGAGCACUUCGAGAGCUCGAUGCGCUUGGACGUCGGCCGUCUGCUCUACUACAUGAACCUCUCGCUGCUGCAGCUAGUGAACCACGGUCGUGGUGGUGGUGGUGAUGUCGCCGAUGCGGUCGAGGCCGUGCAGCGGGGCCUGCGCGUGAUCCUCCGCUUCCCGGGGCUGUGCCGCUACAAGUGUUGGUCGCACCUCUGUCACACCCAGCUGUGGUGUUUGGCCCUAGGCCCCGACCGCGAGCCGUACGAGGAGCUGAGAGCGGCGUACAACCCCGUGAGGCCGUCGGGGUCGCCACUAGUCCCCGCGUUCGAGCACUGGCAGGGGAUGUCGGACAUAUGCAACCACGUCCACUGCAGGAGAGGAGAAAGAAUGGGCUUCGCGCCAUCGGUGGCCGAUUGCGUGGCAAAACUCACGCCCGGUGUGCUGUUGUUGCCGACUCUGCCCCGUACAGCUUGACGUUUUUUUUUUUUUACGUAUUUGUGAGUGUAUUAGACCUGUUCUUUUAUUUUAGCAUUCCGAGCCAAUUUAUCGCAUUCGUCCGUCCACCCUUGAUGUAUAGGGUCAGGGACACAGACAGACAGGCUAGUUGAGAAGGAAUGCUGUGGUAGAUCAGAGACAAACAAACCUUGGUGUAGACGGG